AUGGGACAACCCCCACCAGCCGCUGCCUGCACCCCUACACUUCUGCUCUUGCUGUUGUGGUCGUCGGAAGCCUGGGCAGGCCACUUGAGAACACAGGGCUCGAAGGUGCUGGAAGGUCAGGAGUGCAAUGCUCACUCGCAGCCUUGGCAGACCGCCUUGUUCCAGGGCAUCUCGCUGCUCUGUGGGGGGGUCCUCAUAGACGAGAACUGGGUGCUCACAGCUGCCCACUGUCAAAAACGGAAGUACAGUGUCCGCCUGGGGGAUCACAGCCUGAAAAACAAUGAUGGCACGGAGCAGGAGAUGGCGGUGGCCCAGUCCAUCCCACACCCCUGCUACAACAGGAGCAGUGAGGACCACAGCCACGACAUCAUGCUCGUUCGACUGCGUGGUCGGGCCACCGUAGGGCCCAGUGUGAAACCCAUCAGGCUGCCUGAACGCUGCCCUGAAGCUGGACAGAAGUGCACCAUCUCAGGCUGGGGCACGGUCACCAGCCCCCAAGAGAACUUUCCUGACACCCUCAACUGUGCCAAUGUGGAAAUCUUCCCCCAAAAGCAGUGUAAGGAAGCUUACCCUGGCCAAGUCACCGACGGCAUGGUCUGCGCAGGGGACAGCACUGGGGCUGACACGUGUCAGGGCGAUUCUGGAGGACCUCUGGUGUGUAAUAACCGCCUCCAGGGCAUCACCUCCUGGGGUUCAGACCCCUGUGGGCGGCCUGAGAGACCUGGUGUCUACACCAACGUCUGCCGCUAUCUGGAUUGGAUCAAGAAGACCAUCGGUAGCAGAGGCUGA